CUGCUGGCUGCGAUCUGAUUGGCCGACGGGCCCGUCAGUCGCGGUGUCCUUGCCGCCCACUUCCGCCCCAGGUUCGCAGGCAGUCCACUCCUCGAUUGUUUAUGUCACUAGCGCACUGACUUGACCUUAAUUCACAGGUAGUGUGUUUGGCUGUCUGUGAUGCUUGGAGAGAGGCUGGCUCUGCAGGGACAGGCCGAUGGUGGAAAGAUGGCUUCUGAGUAACGCUUAGUUACUUUCUCUGCUCAGUAUGAACAGCGAGGAGGAGUUUUACGACGCGGAGACAGGGCUGGAGUCGGAUGAUUCCUGCGAGGUCAGCUUUAAAGAUGCCCUGGUGUUCGACGGCAAGCAGGUGACCGACGGCAGCACCACGCAGGAGAAUGGAGUGGGGGAGCGCAGGAAAACCCUGCCUGCUGAAAUGAUCUCCAGAAACAAUUUCAGUGUGUGGAGUAUACUGAAGAAAUGCAUCGGCAUGGAGCUGUCCAAAAUAGCGAUGCCAGUUGUGUUUAAUGAGCCGCUGAGCUUUCUCCAGAGAAUCUCAGAGUACAUGGAACACACUCACCUCAUCCACAAAGCCUGCAGUUUAUCUGACUCCAUAGACCGCAUGCAGGUUGUUGCUGCGUUUGCUGUUUCAUCUGUCGCAUCUCAAUGGGAAAGGACUGGAAAGCCAUUUAAUCCUUUACUGGGGGAGACAUACGAACUCGUAAGAGAGGAUGAGGGAUACAGAUUGAUCUCGGAGCAGGUGAGCCACCACCCCCCUAUCAGUGCCUUCCAUGCUCAGUCUCUGAAGCAAGAGUUCGAGUUCCAUGGCUCCAUCUACCCGAAACUCAAGUUCUGGGGCAAAAGUGUGGAGGCUGAGCCCAAAGGCACCAUGACACUGGAGUUACUGAAACAUAAAGAAGCGUACACGUGGACAAAUCCAAUGUGCUGUGUGCAUAACAUCAUCUUGGGGAAACUCUGGAUUGAGCAGUACGGAACUGUGGAGAUAUUCAACCACAGCACGGGAGAUAAGUGUGUGUUGAACUUCAAACCAUGUGGGAUGUUUGGGAAAGAGCUGCACAAAGUAGAAGGUCAUAUCCAAGACAAAAGUAAGAAGAAGCGGCGAGUGAUCUACGGGAAGUGGACAGAGUGCAUAUACAGCAUGGACCCCAAGGAUUAUGAAGCAUACAAGAAGUCAGACAAGAAGACAGGAGGAGACUCAAAAAAGCUGAAACAGGAACAUAGUUGUGAAGGUGAGGAGGCAGAUGAGAUGCCAGAAGCUCAAGAGACUGUGACUGUGAUACCAGGAAGUGCCUUACUGUGGAGGAUAACGCCGCGGCCUGCUCACUCAGCACAGAUGUAUAACUUCACCAGCUUUGCCAUGACACUAAACGAGCUGGAGCCCGGCAUGGAGAGGCUAAUGGCACCGACAGACUGCCGGCUCAGACCCGACAUCAGAGCCAUGGAAAAUGGAGACAUAGACACAGCAAGUACAGAGAAAGAGCGGUUAGAGGAGAAACAAAGGGCCGCACGUCGUGAACGCUCUAAGGAUGAGGAGGAUUGGUCAACCAGGUGGUUCCAGCUGGGAACAAACCCCCACACAGGAGCCGAGGAUUGGCUGUACACAGGUGGAUACUUUGACAGGAAUUACACUGACUGUCCCAACAUUUAUUGACACAGGAGGGGCUCAUUGUGAAGAUCUUCUCUCUGAUAGGAUUUACUUUGUUUCUCUCAGCAUCUAAGAUUUGUGUCUUUGUGACAUCCAGACGUUCACUGGUACUCUGUCUUUGUUUGACUCAAUGAAAAGCUGAUAUCAAAAUGUUAUCAGACAGUUUAUCAGACUAUCUGCAACUGACUGUGAACGUUGUCCACAGGAAAGAAACCUAAUAGUAACAUUUUUAGAGUUUACUUACUGUAAAUGUUGACAUCAAACAUCUUCAUCUUUAUAUUCCCUUAUCAUGAUUCUGACAAUAAUAGUCCACAUGUAUGUUACUCACCUGUUGAGGGUUUUAAACUAGUCACCUGUGUGAUCUCAGUGAUGCUGCUGCGGGACACAAAGCUCUGACUUCUAAAGGAUAUAUUUCCAGGUUUAGUUCGGGUACUCAACCAUAAUCUUGCCUGUAGACACACCACACACUUCUGUCAAGUUGCAUUCAGAUAUCAGGGGUUAUUUAAACACAUCUUCUACUUUUAUAUAUAACCUAUUUGAAUAUUAGAUGUCUAUUUUAGUUAGCACUAAACAUCCCUAAAACAUCACAAGUGUGAUAGUUUUCUGUGAAUAGAGAAAUACAGUAAUAAUGAAAGCUGCUUAUAACCAUGUUUACUGCCACAGUAAACAGUUAUUGUUGGUACAUUAUAUCGUUGUCUGCUGUAACAUAGAUAAUGUGUAUAAUAACUGGUGCAUGCAUGGUCACCAAGAUGAUUAUUUACACACGUUAAAGCCAUAAAAACCUUUUCUGCACUGACUAUAAUACUGUAAAUGCAUUCACAUAAAACUUUAAAGCAAAGGGAUACAGAGCGUAGUGGUUUAGAAAACAGGGGUUUUCAAAGUCUGACACUGCGGGCUCCACCCCCAGACAGUUUUAAAUUGUCAGUCUUUUUGUCUAGAUGUUCACAAGUUCUCAACACACACUCAAUACCUGUACAUGAAUGGAUAGAGGAGAGUAUCAGUGUUCCAGGAAUAUAAGAACCAUGUUGGUGAGACAUUCUGAGCCUUAGUACUGUCAAAAAUAUUAAUAGUGAAACACAAAAGAAGUUAAUAUUAUUGGAUUUUGUAACUCAUGUUAUUAUUCUUUGCCUUACUUGAUUUUAGGGUGUAGUAAUGCAAGUUUUGAGCAUUACAGCACCAAUAAUGUGGGGGCUUUAAACAUUAAGUAUAAUGUUGCCAAGGAUACAGUUGGUUACCUAUUUUUUUAUCCUAUAUUUGUUUUCAUUUGGCAAAUUGGCACCAUUAAAUGUAUGCCAAAUUAGAUAUUAACAGUUCCUUUUUGCAAUUUACCCAUGGAUAUACUGACCUCUAUUACUAGAUUAAUUUGAUACUGAAGAAAACUUAAAAAUGUGAUGAUUCUCAGGCAAGAUCUGGGGGUUACAAGGAGAGUCUUUGUUCUAUCAUUUCUAAGCGGACUUUUGGACAUUUUAUUCGCAGUGGAUUAAAUGAUAAGUGAUAUCUUCGGAAAGUGUAAGUCAGACUGGAUAUAAAAAAAUGUGGGUCAUGUCUGUGUGUUCAGAUUUGACUGCUUUAUGACCCACACCCUCAACCCCUCUUUGGGGAGGUGAGGUGCGCCUCACACUUUGAAAAUCUCUGGUUUAAAGAGAAAGCUGUGUCAUAUUGACUCCUAAUUACAGCCAUUGUCUUCACACAUGGACAAGUAACUCUUCAGGUCCUCAGCCAUUUUUCAGUAACUCAAAGCUGUGGUUUUUUGGACUAAGUAGGAACAAAAAGACAGGACACUGUGGGCAUCAUGAACCUAUGCAAACUGAUCCACCCAGUCUCCCUUCCUGAAAUGUGAAAAAUAAAAUUAAAACACUUAAUUCCUGUUUAGCUAGUAGCCAAUGUGUGCUUCAGACACUACAGAUGCAGCACUUAGUGAAUGUCGUGCGCUGAUGAUGUGACGCUUACAUACAUACUGUACAGCUGUGCGGUUGUUAGACAGUGUAGAGAUGUUCCUUUCUGUUUCCGAGCACUAACCCUGCAUUAAAGUGCACACGUGACCGCUCACAGUCCUGUGCACAUAUUGUGUAGUGAAAUGUUCAACAUCAUGUGUCGCCCCCCCCUCGACUGCUCUCAAUUUUACUCUGAAUUCAAAGCACUUUGCGACGCCUGCAGACACUCAAAGGUGCAGGUUCAGUCUGAUGGUUCUUCGAAUCUCACACUCUUUACCCUCUUGUCUCUCUGUCUAGCAUCGAUUUUGAAAAUGUUUACAUUGUAUGUUCAUUGAAUUCUGUUUUUUCUCCUCCUCAUACUGUUACCCACACAUAACCAUAUAAGUACAAGGUAUAUUUAAGAAUUAAAUUAUGGACUGUUGAAAUUACCAGCCAUGUCAUUGUUUGAACAGUCAGAUUUUGCUUUCAGUAUAUCACUUUCACAGCAUCGUAUGACACCGCUGUUGUUCUAUACCAUUGCUUCCCAACUUAGUCUUUACAAGAUGAUUUAUUGGACAUGAAAGAAAACAAAAUAUGAUUCUGCUACACAACAAUGCUUUUUUUUCAGGCC